ACGAAAGAAAUACUGUACUAAAAGAAAAAAAAAUCAAAACAUGGUUCUCUCUGUCUCAAGCAUUAAAAACUAUAAUGCUUAAGAGAAUGACAUGUACACCUUUUUCUCCAUCUUCUUCCCCACCUCCUUAACUCACAUUUAUGAUUUACAGUUCUGCUGCCCGCACUUGUCUUACUGUUUCUGUUCUUAAACCUUUUUUCAAUUCCUAUCUCCAAAAUAAUAAUCUUCUUUCAUUAACGAUAAUCUGUAUCUCCUCCAAUGGCGGACUGUAUAACCAACCAAGUUUCUGCAACUACAACUCUCCUUUUAGCUCUUUUCUACCUCCAGUUUGUCUUCCUCCUCGGUGCCGGUGACUCCUUGCCGUCGUACCAACCCAUCGACAAUAUAGCCCUUGAUUGUGGUUCCAAUGACAACUCAUCUAACUAUAGAGAAAACAGCAUAUGGGUCGGCGACAUCGACUCAAAAUUCUUCCUUUCCGAUCCCCAACAAACCGACACAUCGGUGACUUUAGAGGCAGAUAUGCAGUCCACUUCAGCCCCCGCAGUCCCUUACACAACAGCUCGCCUUUCACGCUCCCAAUUCACCUACUCUUUCCCGGUAAGUCCCGGCCAGAAAUUCCUUCGUCUUUAUUUCUACUCUGCUCAUUACCAAAACUUCAACCGCUCCAACGCUGUCUUCUCUGUUAGAGCUGGUCUCUUCACUCUCCUUCGUGAUUUCAACGCUUCUGUUAAUGCUGACGCUUCUGGUCAGAAUGAUAUUUUUCGAGAAUUUUGUGUGUAUGUGGAUGGAAAUUAUCAGAAAUUAAACCUUACAUUUACACCCACAGAUCAAGACUCGUAUGCUUUUAUUAGUGGGAUUGAGAUUGUAUCCAUGCCCUCUAAUCUUUAUUAUACACCAUUAGAGUUGAACGACGAAAGCGGUCGGGGAUUGAGGCUGAUCGGCCAAAAUAAUAAGUUCUUCCCGAUUGAAAACUACACAUCUCUUGAGAUGGUAUACCGAAUUAAUAUUGGUGGAAAGUUCAUCACCCCUGCUGAAGACACUGGAAUGUUUCGGACUUGGUCACAGGAGGGAAAUUUUUUGAAUCAGUAUCCGAUGAACUUCUAUGAUGCUCGACCUGCUAACAAUGAUAUCCAACUUAAUUACAGUAGUAAAAUUCCACCUUACACUGCGCCAGAAAACUUGUAUCGAACUGCUCGAACAAUGGGACCGAAUGCUACUGAGAAUAAGAGAUAUAACCUGACAUGGGAAUACCCUGUUGAUCCUGGGUUCUUUUACAUGAUUCGUCUUCAUUUUUGCGAGUUUGAGAAGGAAAUUGACGCUGUAGGAGAUAGAGUGUUCUUGAUUUAUAUAAGAGACACGAUAGCUGAGCAAUCCGCUGAUGUGUUCCGUUGGGCUGGAGGAAAAGGGAUUCCAUAUCGUAGAGAUUACGUUGUGCUUGUGUCGAAAAAUGGCCAAAAGAAAGUGAAUCUCUCUGUUAUGCUCCAAGCAAAUCCAGAUGACUUUAGGACUAGAUUCACCAACGUGAUCUUGAAUGGAGUCGAAAUCUUCAAAUUAAACAAUUCGGAUGGAAACCUUGCUGGCCAAAAUCCUGACUCAACUGCCACUACCCACACCCAAUUUCUUCCACCGCCCAUCUCACGAUCAAAGCAUAAUUCGAUUAGUAGAAUGGAGGCAAUUGUAAUACUUGUCGUGGUUGGAGGUGUGGUUGUGAUGAUAUUGGCUCUGGGUUUGUUUGUUUUUCGGCGACGUAGAACGUUUAUGGAUCAAAGCUCUAGCGACGGAACUUCGUGGUGGGCUCUUUACUCCUUAUCAACGAACAAAUCUAGUAAGUCUCGCAAUUCAAAUCUCCCCUCUGAUUUAUGUCGUUACUUCUCAUUGGCGGAGAUUAGAGCAGCCACCAAAAAUUUCGACGACAUUUUCAUCAUUGGCGUUGGCGGAUUUGGUAACGUCUACAAAGGUUAUGUUGACGAUGGAACCACUCAAGUGGCAAUUAAACGGUUGAAACCAGGUUCCAAACAAGGAGCACACGAGUUCAAGACAGAGAUUGAGAUGCUCUCACAACUUCGCCAUCUCCAUCUUGUUUCCCUAAUUGGAUAUUGUAACGAUGGAAAUGAAAUGAUUCUAGUAUAUGAUUACAUGUCUCAUGGAACCCUUCGUAAUCACCUUUACGGUGAUGAUGAUGUGUUACCUCUCCCAUGGAAGCAACGCCUCCAAGUCUGUAUUGGAGCUGCAAAAGGAUUACACUACCUCCACACUGGGGCGAAACACACCAUCAUCCACCGUGACGUCAAAACCACUAAUAUUUUACUAGACGAGAAAUGGGUCGCGAAGGUUUCUGAUUUUGGGUUGUCAAAAGUCGGGCCAGCAGACAUGUCUAAAGCACACAUUAGCACAGUAGUUAAAGGUAGCUUUGGUUACCUAGACCCAGAGUACUACCGCCGACAACGAUUGACUGAAAAAUCAGACGUAUAUUCAUUUGGAGUAGUUCUCUGUGAAGUGUUGUGCGCUCGUCCACCAUUGAUGCGGUUGGCGGACAAGAAGCAAGUGUACCUAGCAGAGUGGGUCCGACAAUGCAACCGUGACAACAUGAUCGCUCAAAUCAUCGACCCAAACAUCAAGAACGAAAUCUCACCGGAGUGCUUGAGGAAGUUCAUAGAGAUCACAGUGAGGUGCAUCCAAGACGACGGAAUAAAUCGACCGUCGAUGAAUGACGUGGUGUGGGGAUUGGAGUUUGCUGUUCAAUUACAAGAGGCGUCGAAGAAGAAAGGAGUUCAAGAUGAUGUGGAAGGCGGUGGCGAUGACGAUGACAAGAGGGAGGGUGGGGAAGAAGAUUGGUUGAUGGAGGAGUCAUUAUUCAGUAGUACCAAUGAUCGAAAUCAUAGGUUGGAGUCUGGCAUAAGCAGUGAUGUGACGACAAACAAUAGUGAUGAUUCCAGUUAUGUGUAUAAUAAAGGAAUGUCCGGUACUAUUUUCUCUGAGAUUAAGGACCCUGCCGGGAGAUGAAGUACUUAUAUAUAUACGGUGGAAGAAGAUUAUGAGAAUGGUUGUUAUUUAUAAAUCUUUUAUAUCUUCUAAUUCAUUUAA